CCUCUCAGCUGUAUUCUCUGGUGUUCCUCCUGCUGGAGUGAGUCUAUAACAGUGACUGAAUUACAGGGCUGUUGUGUUGCAGCCAGCGUUGCUGCUGCUGUGCUUCUCAUUUGGCAACAUCUGGCAUAACAAGAGUCUUGUGCUGAGAUCUGAAGGCGAGGGAGCAUCUCAUGUGGAUGAAGGGAACAGAGCAGGAGAAGAUAUACAACGUAAAGAUGCAAAGUGAAGGUUGCGAUAUUGAACGACGUUUCCACAUUUGUGCUGAGUUUUGAGAGGCACAAAAGGUGGGCUGAGUGGGUUUGAGUCACCUCAGUAACUGAUUGAGGAAGACAAGAGUUGAGCAGGAAGAUAACGUGGCGAGGACAAGUUGACAGUGGAAGGAUACAGGAUGAUUUUGGGAAGUGUAAACCGACCAGGGCCGGUCCCAGCCUUCCUCAGGAGCCCGGCUGUCCUCCCACCCCCGCUGGACAUGAAGCCCUUCCUCCAGUUCCCCUUGGAGUCUCCUCACCCAGCCAGCAUCUGCCUCUUCCACAACUUUAACACAAUGGACCCUGUCCAGAAGGCUGUGAUGACACACACCUUUGGGCCACCUAUGGUGAAGACAAAACGGCCAAUCAUCUCCUGCAAUGUCUGUCAAAUACGCUUCAACUCAGAGAGCCAGGCUGAGGCCCACUAUAAGGGAAACCGCCAUGCACGAAGAGUGAAAGGGAUCGAGACAUCCAAAACAUCUCGUCUCCAAGAUGGUGAUAAGCAGCACCCUCCCCCUACUUCCUCACCCUCCCCACCAGGCCCCUUGCCAUCCAUCCCUGAGCCUGAUCCUAAUAAGCAGGAUGACACCCAGUCUUCCUCCAACUCGACUGAGUCACCUUUGACCCCUAGCCGCCUCCCAACACUCAUGCUCAGCUCAGCAGAAGCAGAGUGUUCCCACUUGUCCUCUAUCAGCUCGCCUUCGCCGUCUAGCCCCUCUCCCUUUGCUGCCCUCAGUAGCACCCCUGCAGAUCCAGUAGCAGUUGGUCUUCCUGACACCCCAUCCCCAGCACCUAGCCUAUCUCCAGGAGAGUCAGAGGAAGAGAAAGCCAAGAAGCUUCUCUAUUGCUCCCUGUGCAAAGUGGCUGUUAAUUCUCUCUCACAGCUGGAGGCACAUAACAAAGGUACCAAACACAAAACUAUUCUGGAGGCUCGAAGCGGACUGGGACCUAUUAAAUCAUAUCCACGUUUAGGUCCUAAACCCAGCCCAGAGCAGGGAGGGGAGCCGUCCUCUGACCCCAACACUCAGGAACGUACCUUCCACUGUGAGAUCUGCAAUGUCAGAGUGAACUCUGAGCUGCAGCUUAAACAACAUAUAUCAAGCCGGAGACAUCGUGAUGGAGUUGCAGGGAAACCCAAUCCUCUUCUUACUCGGCACAAGAAGCGCACAGACUUUAUGGAACUUCCAAAAACUCUGAGGGCUGGACUUUUACCAAAUCCUCUGGCUGUUGCUGCAGCAAUGGCAGCCGCAGCAUCUUCGAAUCAGCUGGGGAUACGUCCUCUAGGCCCAACCUCCCACCCUCACCCACAUCACCACCUCCUACAGGGAACACCCCUCAGCCUGCUGAGGCCCGCCCCAGGGCCCAUUCGGACCACACAUGGGCCUAUCCUCUUCACUCCUUAUUGAUGGUGAGAGAACAGGGACGAAUAAAGAAGGAGCACAUUGUGAAGUGGAGGCCUGCAACCAAGUGCCGUCAAGAGCCAAAUGGGCUGGCAUGACUCCAGCUGAUGUUUCAUUAUAAUAAAACCAGUGAAGAUAAAUAGAACUCUUCAUGGUGUAUAUGGUAGUUGCAGACCACUGCAGUUGCAUUAACAGGGAGAACCAGAGAUAAGUGACAAAGGUCAGACUUUUCAAAAUGACUGUAUGGUUAAGUCCCAAUUCCCUUAACUGCAGUCUUUUCCUGACAUCUUAGUCCCGCCCACAUAAGAUGUGAGGGAAAAAAUGCAAGGAGAGAGGAAUCAAGGAGAACCAUUUUAUGUGACAUGAGAUGCCCUUUCCUCAGAGCCUUCAUCUGAAGUGUCCAAUCAUUAACUAAUUUCCAAUAAACGGUUGUGUCAGCCUAUAAAAGACUUCUGUGAAGUAUGGUCUCUGGUCAUCCUCACUUAUGUCUCUUCCAGCCAUCUCCCCGCUCCUCAAUCCUCGCUACUCAGAGCUAAAAGCUUUGAGGUGUCAUUCAUGAUGGCGGACUGUAACAAAUUCAGGCGGGGAUUGAGGAACAGUCAGUCAAGGGAACUGGGAUUUACCCAAUGUUUCCAUCUGUCACGGUUUCACUUAACUAUCUGUCAAUCAUCAGACUGACUGCAUAGUUUGAAGAGGAAACAAGUUUCUAUCGAGCAUUGUCUGAGCAUCCUCCCAUCUGCAAGUGACUAAAUAACCCUACCUCUCCUACGUUCUUAAUGUUCAUCCCUACAAGGAUUUAUUACAUAUCCAAAGUGUUAAUGUUAUCAAAAACUUGUCCACUGGGUUAGACAUAGUAGUUGCCUGUGAUGUUAGCUAGUAUCAUACUAUAGCUGUCACAGUAUAGUGGGUUGUACCACUGUAGAGUUCUGUUUUUGUGGCCUGUAAAGAGAAAAGGGUACCAACCAUUUCUGCAGUUACUGGAAACUAUUUCUCUGCACUGUAGGUCUGCAUUUUCACAGCCUGCCUAUAUGGUCUACAUUUACCCUUGUGGGCUAGAAACAGGAAGUCAAAGAGGAACAGCAAAAGGGUAUAAAUUACAUUUUCACACUGUUGAUGUGCAUAUUAGUUUCUACACUAUGCAGUUAUCAGUGUUCAUUCUCACUGUCUGCGUAAAAUGCAGUAAGGUUAGAGAGAAAGAGAAAAAAAAAUGAGAGCCCAUGAUAAGUUAGUUGUAAUGUUCAGUUAAAUAGCUUGCCCAUUUGAUCCCUAGAUUGUCCUUGAAAGGCCACUAAUCAAACAAGUGGACCAAAGUCUCACAAAACACAAAAAAUCUGCAGUAAGAAGUCUACGCAUGGCUUCAUCCUCUAUCUCCACCUCACUGAAAGGAUUCAGUGUCUUAAUGGAAUAGUUGCAACACUGUGAGCACAACAGGAAAAUGACUUGAUCAGUGACUUUAGUAGCAGGUAUUUGCAUUAUGUGCACAUUUAAUUAUACAACCCCGGGUGUAUGAAAACAGUGGGAUGAAAGAUACCAGCAUUAUAUUACAGAAAGAAAGGACCACAUACAUACGAGUAGUUGUAUGCACAAAAUUAAUUAAAAAAAAA